AUGCAGCCUUACUUUGGUUUGCGCGGUGCGCUUCUAAAUCGAGCCAUCAUCUGGCUCGUCGUAUGCCCAGCAUUCGUCUGUUAUGGUUACAACCAGGGUGUCACCGGUGGGCUGUUGACCCUGGAAUCGUUCGCCAGACAAUUUCCCCAGAUGAACACCCUGACCACUGAGGGUGCUGAGCAGCAUUAUAACUCCACUAUUCAAGGAACGGUGGUCGCAUUGUAUACCGUGGGAGGUAUUUUCGGAUCCCUGUCAUGCAUCUACCUGGGUGACCUGCUUGGGCGCCGGCGCGUCAUUUUCAUUACCUCGGCCAUUUCCAUCAUCGGAGCAGUUCUCAUGGCAACCUCAUUCCAACUGGCCCAAUUCAUUGUCGCCCGCCUGGUGCUGGGCGUGGGCACCGGCGGUUAUGUUGCAACUGUACCUGUGUGGCAGGCCGAGAUUUCCCAGGCUAAGAAGCGUGGCGCCCACGUUGUCACGGACGGUAUUUUCAUCGGUGCAGGCAUCGCGAUCUCCUUAUGGAUAGACUUCGGCUUUUACUUCGUGAAGGGCAACUCGGUCUCGUGGCGAUUCCCACUAGCUUUCCAGGUUAUUCUAUCGUUAGUCGUCAUGCUAUUCAUCACAAUUUUCCCCGAGUCCCCCCGAUGGCUUGUCAAGAGAGGGCGACAGCAGGAAGCACGCGAAAUUUUGGCUGCGUUAGCCGACCAGGAUCCCCACUCGGAGGAUAUCAACAUGGCUCUCGCCGAUAUUGAGCGAUCCCUGGCCCUCUCCGGCUCCGGAUCUUGGAAGGACAUGUUGACGAUGGGCGAGCAGCGGUUGUUCCAUCGGACGGUUCUUGCCGCCACUGGACAGAUGUUCCAGCAGAUGUGCGGAAUCAAUCUGAUCACCUUCUACGCCACCACCAUCUUCGAGCAGUACCUCGGUCUCGACCCGAUGCAAUCUCGGAUCCUUGCGGCAUCCAUGACUCUCACACAGCCUCUUGGCGGAUUCUUGGCUUUCUUCACCAUCGACCGGCUGGGCCGGCGACCGCUGAUGCUGUGGAGUGCGGUGGGUAUGUCGAUAUCUAUGGCGAUAUUGGGCGGCACCACAUCGGUGACAGACAACACAGGCACGCUGGUGGCAGCUGUGGUGUUCCUCUUCGUCUUUGAGUUUAUCUUCACCGUGGGUUACUCCGGAUUGACCUUCCUGUAUGCCACAGAGGUGGCUCCGUUGCAGCUGCGGGCCGCCAUCAGCGCGGUCUCGACCGCCGCCGUGUGGACUUUCAAUUUCCUUCUGGCGGAAGUAACGCCAGUCGGCUUCAAUACCAUCUCCUACAAGUACUAUAUCAUCUUCGCCGUGUUGAACGCGGCUAUUGUACCGGUGGUAUACUUUUUCUUCCCAGAGACCAACGGACGGACCCUGGAAGAAAUCGACGAGAUAUUCCUGCAGUCGAAGACCAUUUUCGACCCGCCUCGUCUGGCGCGGACGCUGCCCAGAAUGCAUCUCGCCGAAGAUGUCGAAACCGAGGGAGGGAAUGAAUCAGGGGAUAGCGAUGUGAAGGGCAAGAUCUAA